CCUUCUUGUCCUGGUCGUUGUUCCCCUCUGAGUACCAGCUCCCCAUUGCCCUGAGGGCGGGCGGGCCGGAGGCAGAGGGAAGAAAGAGGAGGAGAAGGAAAUUGUCCCGGAUUCUUGCAGCUGUGUCUUCCUGACCACCGCACUGUGUCUAGUGGGUCCGAGCCUCCCCUGGGUGGCCAAUCUUUCCGUAGGUUACGGCACAACGCCAGGCAAGAGAAGAGGAAGGAAAUUAACCCUGAUCGGUGAAGGUCGAUUUGAGGGUCUGUUGUAGCAGGUGGCACCGUUUGAAGCUAGGGAGGAAGUUUCCCAGGAUCGGUAGAGAUUGAAAGAUUAUUGGGCGUGGCACACACCCCCAGCCAAGGGAAGAAGGAGCAAACUGCCUAUUUCAAAGAGGUCCACCUCCAGAAUCAGAUAUUGUGGUCUUGAAGUGACUGAAGAUCACCCUCUACAGACCUGCUCUCAGGCCCACAACCCUCUUUCCCUACCCUGAGUGACUACUCUGUUCCUUGGUCCCUGCUGUUGUCAGGGACGAUUGCAUGGGCUACGCCAGGAAAGUAGGCUGGGUGACUGCAGGCCUGGUGAUUGGGGCUGGCGCCUGCUAUUGCAUUUAUAGACUGACCCGGGGAAGAAAACAGAGCAAGGAGAAAAUGGCAGAGGGUGGUUCUGGGGAUGUGGAUGAUUCUGGGGACUGUUCUGGGGCCAGGUAUAAUGACUGGUCUGAUGAUGAUGAUGACAGUAAUGAGAGCAAGAGUAUAGUGUGGUACCCACCUUGGGCCCGGAUUGGGACAGAGGCCGGGACCAGAGCUAGAGCCAGGGCAAGGGCCAGGGCUACCCGAGCACGUAGGGCUGUCCAGAAAAGGGCUUCCCCUAAUUCAGAUGAUACUGUUUUGUCCCCUCAAGAGCUACAAAAAGUUCUUUGUUUGGUUGAGAUGUCUGAAAAGCCUUAUAUUCUUGAAGCAGCUUUAAUUGCUCUGGGUAACAAUGCUGCUUAUGCAUUUAACAGAGAUAUCAUUCGUGAUCUGGGUGGUCUCCCAAUUGUUGCAAAGAUUCUUAAUACUCGGGAUCCCAUCGUUAAGGAAAAGGCUUUAAUUGUCCUAAAUAACUUGAGUGUGAAUGCUGAAAAUCAGCGCAGGCUUAAGAUAUACAUGAAUCAAGUAUGUGAUGACACAAUCACUUCUCGCUUGAACUCAUCUGUGCAGCUGGCUGGACUAAGAUUGCUUACGAAUAUGACUGUUACUAAUGAGUAUCAGCACAUGCUUGCUAAUUCCAUUUCGGAUUUUUUCCGUUUAUUUUCAGCGGGAAAUGAAGAAACUAAACUUCAGGUUUUGAAACUCCUUUUGAAUUUGGCUGAAAAUCCAGCUAUGACUAGAGAAUUGCUCAGGGCCCAAGUGCCAUCUUCACUGGGUUUCCUCUUUAAUAAGAAAGAGAACAAAGAGGUUAUUCUUAAACUUCUGGUCAUUCUUGAGAAUGUAAAUGACAAUUUUAAAUGGGAAGAAAAUGAAUCUACUCAGAAUCAAUUCGGUGAAGGGUCACUAUUUUUCUUUUUAAAAGAAUUUCAAGUGUGUGCUGAUAAGGUUCUGGGAAUAGAAAGUCACCAUGAUUUUUUGGUGAAAGUAAAAGUUGGAAAAUUCAUGGCCAAACUGACUGAGCAUAUGUUCCCAAAGAGCCAGGAAUAACUUCUUGACUUUGUAGUUUAGAAGCAACACACAUUGUAAACUAUUCCUUUUCUCCACCUUGUUUAUAUGGUAAAGGAAUCCUUUCAGCUGCCAAUUUUAACGAAUACCAUAUUGUAUCAUCAAUGCUGAUAUUUAACCAAGUUGGUCUUCAGGUUUAAGCUGGAUAAAUGAAUAUCACUACUUGUUCUGAAAACAUGUUUGUUGCUUUUUAUCUCGCUGCCUAGAUUGAAGUAUUUUUUACUAUUUCCUCUACGUAAGUGACAGUGAACCAAUUCGUCAUGAGUAAGCUCCUUUUGGUCAUUUGCAAUGAUUUCAUUUGUGUAUCAUCAAUAAAGUUAUGUGUUAAUGCUGGAAAGAAAAAAGAAAGAAGAAAGAAAGAAAGAAAUGAUUCUUGUCCUUUGGUUUAUAAUCUAGUUGGAGAGAUAAGAAACAUACAAACCAAAAGAUAACCGAGGAUAUCCAGAGCAGACACUCAUUGUCAGAUGUGUGCCCUCAGAGCACAGAGGAGGCAAAGGAUUCUGUGGGAUAUGCCAGUCAGCUAAAGUUUCAUGGAGGAGAUGGAUUUGUAAAUGAGCCCUGGAUGGGGUAUGAUGGUUAGGAUGUUACAGGAUCCAGGAGAGAAUGGUGUGAGAAAGGCAUUGAGGUAGGAACCUUCUUCCUAUGAUAGUUGGAGAGCAGCCUGCUUGCAGUGGACAGCAUGGGCAAUAGGAGUGAAUGAAUCAGGAAAGUUAGGUGAAGCCAAUUGUAGAAAGCUGUUUCAAUUUUAUCUCACUGGACGCUGAGAACCACUAAAUAUUUUUGGCUAAAAAAAUAUUGGAAUCCAUAUAAAUGAACCCCUCUCUCCUGUGCAGUGUCAGUGAGGGUGUGGCAAAAUGGACCCUAACAAAUCCUAGUGGUGGCCAUUUGGUAAUUCAUAUCAUAAGCCUUAAAAUAUGUAAACCAUUUAUCCAAAGUUAGUGAUUGAAUAAUUGUCCAAAGAUUACAUGUAUAAGGAUGUUCAUUUCAACACUCUUUAAGGUAGUAAAAAUUGGAGACAACAUGUCUGUCACACUGGAUUCUUCAAAUAAAUUAAGGAAUGGUCACCCAGUAGGAUAUGAUAAAUAUGCUAGUGGAAUACUAUAUUUCCAGAAAAGAUAUUCAUCAUUCAAUGUUAAGUGAGAAAGAUAAGUUAGAUAGCAGUAUUCAUUCCAUUUUGCUGGGGUGAGGGGGAUAUUAAAUCAUGUUUUAAAAACACACUAAAAUCUCUGGAAUCAUAUAUUUCCAAAUAGUAAUAAUAGUUAUCUUUGGGUGGAAGGAUAAUGAGUGAUCUUUACUUUUUUACUUUUUAUUCAUCUAUUCUUUUUUAAAUAAAAUGAAUAUUAAUUUUUAGGAAAUUUUUGAAUAAAAGGAAAGUAUUAGGAAUGAAGCAGGCGAUUGAUUUGAAUGUGUACUGAGUGUGCAAAUGAUUUAGAUUGAAAAUGUGAUUGGUUGAAGUUUCCUUUCCAAAAUGAUAGACGAGUGGUGAAAAUGAGGCUUAUCAUGAGGAUUAAAUGAAGUAAUACUAUAUGCUAAGUACCUACACUAUUCUGGCACAUAGCAAUUAAGAAAAGUGAGUACCCUUAAGUACCUAACAUGCAGGACUGAUAGUUUUUGGUUGACCUUUGUUUUGCUGGGGCAUUCUGCCAUGUUUCAGUGUCAUUUAAUAAACAAUAAUAAUAACAAUAAAGGUUAACAUUUAUUAAGUGA